GGUGCCCGCGGGCCCGGCGCGGGGGCGGGGUGGCCGCGGGGGCCGGCGGCGGGGCGGCUCCUUCUUUGGCCAUGAGCGAGGUGCCGGCAUUCGGCCGCCGCCGCCGCCUGCGGGACGCGGUGAGGGAGCGGCCGCAGCGAGGUUCCGCCGGCGGCAGCGGGCGGGUGGGAUGGCCCAGGCCAGGAUCAGCGCCAAGGCCAGCGAGGGGGCGCAGCAGCAGCCGCAGCAGCAGCAGUCGGGCGGGCAGCUCCGGGGCCGCUUCUACCGCUCCACCUCCAUGGCCGACCGCUCCAGCCGCCUGCUCGAGAACCUGGACCAGCUGGAGCUCAGGGUAGAGGCCUUCCGUGACGCAGCAUCUGCUAUGGAACAAGAGAAAGAAAUCCUGCUAGAAAUGAUCCACAAUAUACAAAACAGCCAGGAUAUGAGGCACAUCAGUGAAGGUGAGAGAGAAGAACUUAAUUUGACUGCUAAUCGCCUGAUGGGCCGAACCCUCACUGUGGAGGUUUCUGUAGAAACCAUCCGGAAUGCCCAGCAGCAGGAAUCCCUACUGCAUGCCACAAAGAUGAUUGAUGAAAUCGUCAAUAAACUUCUAGAUGAUCUGGAAGACGCCAAAAUGCGCUUAAUAUCACUUUAUGGUGCGUGCACAUCCGACGUGCCGGCAGGACCCAUCGAUCAGAAAUUUCAGUCUGUGGUAAUCGGAUGUGCCAUUGAAGAUCAAAAGAAAAUCAAAAGGCGGCUAGAGACUCUGCUCAGAAACUUGGAAAAUUCUGAAAAGUCCAUCACGUUGUUGGAGCAUCAGAAAUCAUCUGUUCGACAGUCUUGCAACAGCAAACAGGAUUAAUGCAUCCUCCUGGCUACUUCUGGCAAAUCGCAGGAUAAGCAAGUGCCCGUAAAAAGCACACAGAAGCCAAGAAAAAAUUCUCUGUACGAGCGCACGCGUAUGUACACAUACACACGCACCAACGUAUCCUUGAUUCCAAGUUGCAAGCAUUUAAUGGGUUUUGGUAGCAUUGGCAUUUUCUUUUGGCAAUAAGGAACGCUAUCAGUUCCUCUCUAGAGUCAAUACCGUUCUAUUGCAAAUUGUAAUUGUGCUUCUGCUGAACUCACAGAAACUGUCAAAAUCUAGCCUUUCCUCCAUUCUCCUGGGUGUUUUUUAAACUAAAGUUGUUUUGUCCUAUCAUGAGAUUUCAGCUUUUCUCUGUUGUAUACAUAGUGUGUGAACCAGACUUUUGGGGGACAAGAGAUAAAUCCUGGCAAUAAAUCAAAACCAUUAAUAAACUGUUUACGGUAUUUUCAUAAACAACAGAGUGUCCUACACAUUACCAUUUGUAAUUUGGCACUUUUUGAAUAUUUUGAAUAAACAUAUCACAAUACUUACAAGAGA